GUGGAGGCUCACGUUCCUCACACCUCAGUGAUGCUGUUACACUGACUGUAUCAGAGAGACCAUCAGUACUGAGUGUAUCUCCACAGAACUGGCUGACUGAAGGAGACUCAGUGACUCUAAGCUGUGAGGUUACAGACUCCUCUACAGACUGGACAUUCAGCUGGUACACAGUUGUUCCCUACAGAGACGGUGUAACUGCAACACAAAAUACUCAAGGCUUUAUCAUGUAUGUGGAGCUUCUCUCAGACAGCAGCAGAGGAUCUGGAGGCUCCUACACUCUCAGUCCUUCUGCUCUUCAUCACACAGGAGUUUAUGUGUGUAGAGGAGAGAGAGGAGAACCAGUCAGUCACACACUGUACAGCAAUCCACAGCCUCUAUGGAUCUCUGGUGAACCUCCUCCAGUGUCUCUGAUCAUCAGUCCCAGCAGAACUCAACACUUUACUCAUGACUUUCUCUCACUGAGCUGUGAGGACCAGAGUAACUCUACUGGAUGGACAGUGAGACAAUACACAGACGUUGAAAGAGUGUUAGAUUGUUCACAGUGGGGAUCAGUUACAGGAUCUACAUGUAACAUCAGCUUCCUCUACACAUUCUACACUGGAGUUUACUGGUGUGAGUCUGAAUCUGGAGAAAAGAGUAAUCCUGUCAACAUCACAGUUCAUGAUGGUGGUGUGAUCCUGGAGAGUUCUGUUCAUCCUGUGACUGAGGGACAUAAUCUGACUCUACGCUGUUUAUUUCAUAACACAAAUCCCUCAAACCUCCGAGCUGAUUUCUAUAAAGAUGGAUCAGUCAUCCCGAAUCAGACUACAGGAGAGAUGAUCAUCCAUAAAGUCUCAAAGUCAUAUGAAGGUUUCUACCACUGUAAACACCCAGAGAGAGGAGAGUCACAGAGAAGCUGGAUCUCAGUCAGACGUCCAUCACAUGUAGAAGCUCCUUUCUCAGUGCUCAUGCUGUUCAGUAGUGUAGUGACGGCAUCUCCAUAUCUGCUGAUCACCAUCAUUCUGCUGGUCAAAUGUUCCAGAACUCAAGCUCACACUGAUGAAGAGAGAAUUGAGAAUGCAGUCAUAGAGGAGUGAACAAAGUUCAUCUAUAAAAAGGGGAUGUAUUUACUGUCAUUUUAUUAUUGUUUGAUUUUAAUGUUAUAAUUUUUAUUUUUUAACAUGCUGUUAUUUUCUCUGCAUCUUAUAAAUAUCCUCAUUGUUCUGAUUUUGUUUAGCUAAAGUUAUCAAGUGUGUAGUCUGUAAUAAAGUCUACAUGCUGCUAAUGCAAAACAGAGUAACACUAUUGUUUAAAAUCUUAUAGUUCAAAAGAAAAUGUUGAUUCAUUGUCUGAAGGUUGAGUUGUGCUUCUGCAAAAUACCAUCUGAUGUUCGAAAUAAAUGCAUCUGCUGCUGGUGUGAGUUUAAUCCCAACAUGGUGACCUGCACAUUCAAACUUCACAUUUCAUGUAACUGUAACGAGGUUUAUCCAAAUAAAUUCUCUUGGAAAAUAUUGAAUACUCUGCCAGUAGGACUUUCAGUUGCUGGACCUCUUAACACAAAUCCCAACAUUAUAGAGUUUCAUCCUGACAGAAAGGAAUGAGAUGAAAAAGGAUCAGGUGUGAAUGGAAACUAGUAUCAUUGAGAGAACUGAAAGACUAGGAGGUGUUUUUGUGCUAGAACAUGCACGAGUGAGAUUUGAUUAAUAUCCAGAGAUGUAUUUGGUUUAAACUGCAUGAUUUGGAAAUGACUGCAGUAUAAUAGUUUCCAGUGCAGGUUGUAUUUUCUGUAAAGCUGAAUGCAGAAAGCUUUGGAUUAAUUCAACAUAAAAGUGAUUUAAUUUACUGUUAUCUGAAAUAUGGUGGUGAACUUAUAGUGUUUUGUAUCUUCUCUGUAUUACUUCUACCACUACUGGAUUUGUACUGCUGUGUUUUCUUCUGUAUAUCUGAGAUUAGUUUGAGGUGAUUUAUGAGGAUUAAACUUCCAAUCUCACUUUGACUGUUACUUUUGUUUUUCAGAUGUGUGAACUUUAAUUGUAGAUGUGAUGAAAAGGAAAUGUUUUAUUUUUAUAUAAUUAUGUACUUAUAGCAAAAUCUACUAAAUAUAUAAAACAAGACAAUGUUUGCUUUAUUUCUAUUGGUAUUCAUGUAAGUAGAAAUUUCCAAUUUUACUGAUAUUUUGUUGGCUUUUCAGUUUCUUAUGGAAUUGAGUUAAUAAAAUGUUCUGUUAAAAGCAAAUAACUGUUGGAAAAGAUUUUAUUGUUUCAA